UAACACCUGUGUUGUAUUUUCUCUUCUCAGGAAGCUGCACAGUCUCUGAUUUAUGCUGCAAUGGCAGGAUCCGUCUUGGAAAAUAUCCCAGAGAAAAUAAGUGAAUAUUUGGAAAGAGUUCAAGCCCUGUACUCAGCAGUUCAAAGAGUCGACCCCUUGAAGUCGAAGCAGCAGCUGGACUUGGAGCGGGCCCGUUUCCUGGUUACGCAGGCUUUCGACGAAGACGAGAAAGGCAACAGCGAGGAAGCGAUAGAGCUGUACACGGAAGCAGUGGAACUCUGCCUGAAAACGGCCAAUGAAACUUCAGAAACAGCUCUCCAGGCAAAACUGAAGCAGCUGGCUCGGCAGGCACUGGACAGAGCUGAAGCGCUGAAGGAUUCAAAGCCGUCUCAGAAAGACAAGCCGGUCCCAGCGAAACCAAAUCAGCAAGCCCGGACUUACUUUCCAUUAGGGCCUGAUUUUUCCUUGAACGAUAAGCCACAGGCAGUCAGAGCUGUGCAGGCCAGUGAACCUCAAGGUCAGCGAUACACCGCAGAGGAGAUUGAGGUGCUCAGGAAGACGUCAAAGAUCAAUGGCAUUGAGUACGUCCCUUUCAUGAGCGUUGACCUCAGAGAGCGUUUCGCUUUUCCAGUACCUUUCUCAGAUAGAUGUGGCAAGCUGCCGUUGUCUCCCAAGCAGAAGGCAAUGUUUUCCCGCUGGGUGCGGCCCGACGAGAUAACAAACAGCCCCACUAUGAUCUACACAGUGUCGAGCUUCAGCAUAAAACAGACAAUCGUGUCAGAUUGUUCCUUCGUAGCUUCUCUUGCUAUCAGUGCGGCAUACGAAAGACGAUACAACAAGAAGCUGAUUACCAGCAUUAUUUAUCCGCAGAAUAAAAAAGGAGAGCCAGAAUAUAAUCCGUGUGGAAAAUACAUGGUUAAGCUGCAUAUCAAUGGGGUCCCUCGGAAGGUGAUAAUCGAUGACUUCCUACCGGUGGAUCACAGCGGAGAACUUCUCUGCUCUUACUCCAACAACAAAAGCGAACUCUGGGUUUCCUUGAUAGAGAAGGCUUACAUGAAGGUUAUGGGAGGUUAUGAUUUUCCAGGAUCAAAUUCUAAUAUUGAUCUCCAUGCGUUGACUGGCUGGAUACCUGAAAGGAUUGCCAUGCACUCAGGCAACCAAUCUUUUGACAAAGACAGUUCCUUCAGGAUGCUUUACCAAAGAUUUCGCAAAGGGGACGUGCUCAUUACAACGGCGACGGGAGUGAUGACUGAGGAGGAAGGAGAAAGGUGGGGUUUAGUACCAACCCAUGCCUACGCUGUUUUGGAUAUCAGAGAAUACAAGGGGCUUCGAUUCCUCCAGCUGAAAAAUCCCUGGAGCCACCUCCGCUGGAAGGGAAGAUACAGUGAAAAUGAUAUGAAGAACUGGACCCCGGAACUUCAGAAAUACUUGAAUUUUGAUCCCAGAACGGCACAGAAAAUAGACAACGGGAUUUUCUGGAUUGCCUGGGAAGAUCUCUGCAAGUAUUACGAUGUCAUAUACUUGAGCUGGAACCCGAGUCUUUUCAAAGAAUCAACAUGCAUUCACAGUACCUGGGAUGCAAAGCAGGGUCCUGUGAAAGAUGCAUACAGCCUAGCUAACAACCCACAGUACAAACUAGAAGUUCAGUGCCCACAAGGUGGGGCUGCAGUUUGGAUCCUGCUCAGCAGGCACAUUACAGACAAGGAUGACUUUGCCCACAACCGGGAGUUCAUCACAAUGGUGGUAUACAAAACAGAUGGGAAAAAGGUUUACUAUCCUGCCGACCCUCCUCCGUAUAUCGACGGGAUUCGAAUCAACAGCCCCCACUAUCUCACCAAGAUCAAGCUGACCUCUCCGGGAACCCAUACGUUUACUCUGGUGGUUUCUCAGUACGAAAAGCAGAACACGAUUCACUACACGCUCAGGGUGUAUUCAGUGUGCAAGUUUAACUUCUGCAAGAUCCCGACACCAUAUACCAUAUCCAAACGGGUUAAUGGUCAGUGGAAAGGUCAAAGCGCUGGCGGGUGUGGGAAUUUCAGAGAGACCGCCAAGAACAAUCCUAUUUACCAGUUCCAGUUGGACAAGGCCGGCCCCCUCCUCAUUGAGCUACGAGGACCAAGGCAAUACAGUGUUGGCUUUGAAGUGGUGACCGUCUCUACAGUGGGAGAGCAAGGCUUUCAGAAGAAAAACAGCGGCGAUUACAGUGAGCCUGAGGCCAGGGAGGAAAUAUAUUUAAAUGGCUGAUAUGCUUUUUAAUUCUGCAAUUUGGGUGCUCAAGGGAAGAGUCUACGGCGCACACAAUAAUAUUAAAUCCAGAGCUUUUGGUGGUGUUCUUUUUACUAUUUAUCACUGUGCCACAAAUGGGACGAACAAUUGUACCCCUUCGCUCUGACUUCCAAGCUUGAAUCUUGCCAUGUAUCAGAGAAAAAAAGAAAACACGACAACUGUUUAGUUUUCGCUUUAUUAUUGACCGUUCCAUUUGGCACUUGCAGAGUUCAUUUCCUCAGUCGAAACAUAAGCCAAACGCACAAAUGGAAGUUGUCUGUAUAUUGAGGGGAACAAAUUUGUAAAGGCUUCCCUAAAAGAAUUUUAAGCACUUUCAACAGAACCAUACUGCACAUGAAAACAAAACUGAAGAGUGAAAGGAACAUUCACUGUAGUGCGAAGGGUAUAUAUAUAUAUAUAUUGUACAUUUGUUUUCAGAAUAGCUACACGAAACUGUAGUUGGGGACAAAAAAACACAACAGAACUAAGCUAAGGAACAGAAAAUCUGAGGACGGGGCAGCCAAGGAAACGAGUAAGUUUUAUUAGCAAUGGCAUAUGUCAGUUUCAGAAAUGCUAACUACCAAAACAAAAGUCCUAUGAUUUUAACUACCUCUUAUUAGCAUAACUACCCGACAUCUCUACUGCGUAACAGCUGUCGCUGAACAUGCUUCGACACCCUUCCCAAUCUUACUCGACUUCUUUUCACUCGAGGGAUGCUAAAUUUAUAAGUCCUUUAAUUACUCUACAAACCCUAUAACAUGACAACCUACAGCGAUAUUUAGAAGUACUCACUCACCCCAUUAAACCCCUAACUGGCAAAUAGACCAUCUGUUCAUGCAGGACAACUCCCUCUUCAAGCUUUGUAGGCCCAAGGUGUAAAAAUAAUAUUUUCCUGAUCCUACCUAGCAACGGACACCAGCCAUACCAGAGAAGGUUGUCUGUAACAGCUCCGAUGUACAUUUCAUUUUUCUUACUGGAUCCGUAAUAAUUGGGACAUCUUCUCCGAAACAUGGUACACUAAGAAAAGGCAUGUUCAUCAAUAUUAACAACAUAUUUAUGUUACCCUUGAGGUAUAAUUUUUACUCGAAUAUGAGGUCUAGAGACUCAGGGAAGGUUUCUAGACUCGGUCACAUGCAACAGUAUCCUUUUAUAAUCCAAAAUAUAAAUAUAGAUGUUGAAAGUAGAAGGCUAGGCCGCUGGUCUAAACAGCAGCCCGGCUCAAAAAACGGGCAUUGCCUACAAAAUGGACACUGGCUGCUCCUCCUAAACGUUUGGUUCGGUCUUCCAUUUCCCGACUGGCACAGAACUCCAUACGCGGAACGCAACUCGUUAUUGCUUCUGCCAAAACUGCUACCAGAGUGUCUUGCAAAGGCUGCGAAGUCCGACAAGCGCAGCGGAUGUUUUGUGACCGGUUUCCGUCACGGCGAAAGAUUUUGCUUGCAUUUCUAAAA